GUAUUUUUGAAAUGUUCUUCGGCUCUUACAACCAAUCAUUUUCCAGUAAAGAGAAUCUUCCAAUAAGAAAUAUUUGUUUACAAAACAGUGUCCCAAAAUCGUUAUUGACUCGAACAAAACAUCAAAACGUCAAAUAUACCUCGGGAAUAAGUUAAUAUUUAUCAAAAAUCAAAAUGAUGCCAACAAUGCCACCCGAUAAUCAUCAAAUUUCGCUGAAAGUUAUCGAAGCUGUGAAACAACACCCGGUGCUUUAUAUUUCCGAAGUCAAAAGCAGUGUCAUCAAAUUGCAGGAAUUUCGACAAAAAGUUUGGAAAAGGAUUUCAGAUGAAUUGGGACUUGAUUCCGGUUGGGUGAAACUCAGAUGGAAGAAUCUUAGAGACACAUACUGUCGAAUCCUAAAAUACAAAAACAAAGCUGAGAAAGGAAUCCGGAGAAAAAAAUGGAUAUUUGAAGAUCACUUGGGCUUCCUGAAAUUUCCUUACGAGCCAGAUUUCGAACCCCAGUGUGUCGUUCUCUCCGAUGAAUACGUCCAGGACAUAAAUUGCGGCGGCCUGAGUUGCGACGACCUCCUCGAACAAUUGGAAGAUCGAGACGAGGACUACAGCGAGUACCUAGAAUUAGAAGAAACAGCCGCCGAUCCGAUUUCGGCAAUUUCCCGAAAUGAGGCGGAAAUCGCGACCCGGAAUUUGACGCAAACCCUUUCCGAGAGUCCGGAACCUGUCCGGAAAAAGCCGGACGUCACCUCCUACGCCCAGGAAAUAGAAUCAAAAUACCGGAAGAUUCGACCCAAAAGGGUCAAACUGGACGAGCCGAGUCCGGUCGAGAUUAAUAAUUACAAUAUCCAAACGAAAAACUCCGCCUCGAUUCAGGAGAAUUUAGAAAAUUCGAUAUUUUUAACGAGUCCGACGACGAACUUGACACAGUAUCCGAUCAACAAUAAAGAAUCUGAGCCGGAGGAGGAAGUUGAGGAGGAAAAUGAGGACGAGGAGAAGCAGAUCAAAAGCGGCCUCGAGCUUUUUUUCGACAGCAUGGCGCAGACGGUGAAAAAAUUGCCCUCGAAAGUCCAGGCGGACAUUAAAUUAGAUAUUUGUAGGAUAGUGACGGAGGCAGAAGUGAGAUUUUCCAAGCGACUUUUGGAAGAGACGGAUGAAGAAACGGGGGGACCGGAUUCGGGACUGAUUCCGAAAUUAGUUCUGAUUCCUUGCAGCAUGAUUGACAAGCAGAAAAAGUGAUGAGAUACAGAGUAGAGAGACUUUACUAAAGUUUAAAUUAUUUUAAAGAGUUUCUUCCCUCAACAAAAUAAUGGACAGAUUGUUUAUAUGUACAAAAGAAUUUGGGUUUGUAAAAAAUAUGAUAUUCAUUCAUCGCCUCCAGAUUCUAGAAUUAAAAGUAUUAUCGGCAAGAUAAUAAUUAUUGAGUGUCGACGGAAACUGCAUUUGAUUCUCCAUGAGCGAGAGAAAAAAUUGGAACAAAUAAUCCGGAGUAAUGCAAAUAAUUGUAAGUAAUUUAGGUAAUCCAGUUGUAAUCUCAUAAUUUGAUAAUUCAAAGUUAUUCAAGUAAUUAAUAUGUUACCUAGAUAAUUUGGUAUAAUUUAAUCUACUUUAGUGAAAAUUAAACAGUUUUGUUUUAAA